AUGAAGACGGAAGGCGCUUCAGACGCUCUAAACGCAAGUAUUUCUCCUGUUAACGACACCACUCUCUUCCAUUUUUUUGGUCGCGAGCACGGUAGCGACGAGUCCGACGAGCAACCGCAGGAGGCUGAAUCAUCUCGUCGAAGUUCUCGCGUCCCCUUCAACAAAGCGUCUGGUGCAUGCGUGCAUUGCAAGUCGUUGAAGGUUCGCUGUGAAUUCAGCCCGGGCGAAACCACUUGUCAAAGAUGUCAAGCUGGGAGCUAUGAGUGUAUCCCUCGAACGCGUAAGAAACGGAAACCCGCGCCUACCCACGAAGAUUUGCAGACAAGGGCAAUUAACCAAGACUGCCAAAUACAGGCUCUGCUUCAGCAGUUCGACAAACUCAAGGCUGACAAUAGAAUCCGCGAUCGGAUGUCGCGGGCGCAUUUGGAAUACCUGGCAGGAAACCGCACGUCUGACCUUGGUGGUAGGUAUGCCCAUCAUCCUGAUAGAUUCGAAUUAUCGUUUGGCGGAGAUAGUCCGACCGAACACCUCUUCCAAUCCUUUCCCCCAGGUAGGACUCAGUCAUUACAGAGGUGUUUUUUAAUCUUUAAAUCAGAAUUCAAUCAAGUACACGGACAGAAACAUGACAUCUCUCACACAACACCUCCCGAUAUUGUCAAGUACUGCUCUCUUACAUCCGAUGACAUCCGGGCACUUUUCAAUCUGUUUUUUGAAAGAAUUAAUCCCUUUUUCUCUAUUCUCGACCCCGAGCUUCAUACUCCCCAAUCGCUCAUCUGGACUAGCCCGUUUCUUUUCACCGUUAUAUGUGCCACUGCGUCUCGAUAUUACCACUUGCAGCCAGAGCUAUACUAUCUAGCUCAAGAUUUCGCGCGUGACGUAGCUGGAAAGUCUUUGGUAGAUGGCACCAAAAGUGUCGAUAUAUGUCAAGCAUACCUCUUGAUGGCUGUGUAUGCUGCUCCCAGGAAGAAAUGGGAAGAAGACCGCAGAUGGCUUUUGAUGGGUGUAGCUAUACGCAUGGCCUUAGAAUUAGGGCUUAAUAAGCCCGCGCCGCAAUGUGGUGAGCGUGAGGCUAUGAACAGGACCAGAACGUGGCUUAACUGCUUCUGCGUUGAUGGCUCACACUCAAUACAGUUCGGGAAAAUACCAAUGCUUAGCCUAGACGACCAUAUGGCGGUUCACUCUGAAGGCUGGUACAAGGCUUCACGCCAUAAUUUACCUUUCGACGUACACCUUUGUGCCUACGUGCAGAUAAUUGUGAUCAUGGCUCAAUGGCGUAAGCGCAUUGGUGAAGGAAGUCUGCGACAACGGAUCCGCGAUGAUUUCGAUGUCGUUUCAGCUGCCAUAGAGACAGAAGAACAUCUUGACCGAGAAUUACGCCUUUGGGUUAGUCGAUACGACGAGGAAUACAGCUAUAAUCGUAAGAUUACUGCAUAUCUUAGAUUAGUGGUCCUAGCCGUCGGCUUUCAACAUGCAGCAAAAUCCGGGCUCUCUCGAGACUCUGAAGUGCUGACACGGUCCAUUGAUGCUGCACGAUCUGUCAUUCAGAUUACGGUGGAGCGACUUUAUCCUACUGGACAUCUGCGAUAUGCGAUGGAAGCCAACUUCGUUUAUGUUUCUUUUGCAGCCGCUUACCUGGUUAAUCUUCUGAGAGCCAAGUUUUUGCCGCUUCUGUCGCAGGAAGUUCAAGAGGAAAUUAUAUACAGCGUCAACAAACUCAUCAGAGUGUUGGCGUCUGACAAAGUGGCCUUGGACGGCCGCCAUACUCCUGCUUUAUAUUCUCGCUUCUUAGCCAACUUGAUGGCAAGAAACGUUCCCCACCUUCGCACCCAACCCUACGCCGAAUCCGGUGAUCAUAAUUUAGACUCUUCAUCUUUUGGCGGGGAUUUGCACGUUCCGCCGCCGAAUGAAUUUUCUUGGCCCGAUAUCCGGUAUUCAGAGUCCCCUCCCGGCGCUAAUGUAGAGCCGGUUGACAGCAUACCUCGUCGUACACGCGAAGCGGAUAUGGAUUUUAGUUUGGACAACUUUGUGAGGGCGGUCUCGCAAGAUGUUCCUACGACGACAUAUGAUACAGAUGCUUUCACGAGUUCUUGGGGUGGGUCUUGGGCGACGCAAGAAAGCGCGCUUUACAAUAACUGGUCUCAGUUUAGUAGUCCAGGCUGGAGACAUUGA